AUGUCCUCAGCACAGUCGUUCCGUCAAAUAAUUGGAGUCCCUCCAUCGACCGCCUCUGUCAAAGAUUCGACUUUGAUCAUCAUCGACGCCCAGAACGAAUACGCCACCGGCAAGCUUAAGACCGAGAACGUCUCCCAGACGCGCCAGGCGAUCGCGAACCUCCUAGCCAAGUACCGUACCGGUGGCGACGGCAAGAACAUCGUCCAUGUUGUCCAUCAGACACCCCAGGGCGCCCCUGUGUUCACCCCCGGCACCGCACUCGCCGAGGAAUUCGAGGAGUUGACGCCGCGCGCCGGCGAGAAGGUCGUCACCAAGCACUUUCCGAGUUCCUUUGCCCAAACCGAUCUCGAUGAAUACCUGAAGGGUCUCGGAGAUGUGGGAAAGAAGAUCGUCCUGGUGGGAUAUAUGGCGCAUGUCUGUGUGUCGACAACGGCUCGAGCGGGCAGUGAGCGCGGUUAUGAUGUGAUCAUCGCCGGUGAUGCCGUGGGUGAUAGAGAUAUCCCGGUGACCAAGGCCGAGACUCUCGUUUCGGUGGUUCUCAGUGAACUCGCCGAUGCGUUUGCCACUGUGAUUCCUUCGACUGAGAUCAGUGCAUAG